AUAGACGAAGGAAUAUUACACAUGAGCAAAAACUAAUGCAUAAAAUACUGAUAAGUUUAGAAAAUGUGCCAUGUGUUUAAACUGUGUGUCUCUGGAAGUUUUUUUUUUUUUAACUACAACCAAAGUUCAAAUUUGUCAAUAGAACAAGCAUUUAUGUUUACUGUGAGGAAGGGUUGUCUACAGUAGGUAUUUUCAAAAGUUUAUAUGCCCAAGGGCAAGCCAACAUAACAAUGCACACCUGAGUUAAUGUUUCAAGUAUCAAGAAGUUUAUUGUCAGUUCGUAUAGUGUUACCCAGGCUGAAACGAAGUCCUCUUUCUCAUCAGCCUCUACAGUGCAAUAGUCAAUACAAAUUUAGCUGAGCAGUAAAAAGGCAGUAAUAAAUCGUAACAAUAAAUAGGGAUAAAUAACAUAAAUUCUAAAUUCUAAAACAAACACAAGUCUAAAUAGUCACACGCAUUCAGGUAGCAGCAGUCCUUUCACGCUUUCACAGAAAAGGGUAAUUAAUUUAAGUAGUGUGUGUAUCUGGUUAGUAUAUUGUAUCUUCUGGGGAGUAUAAUGUGUGCUCAAAGUAACCCCUGCACCAUAUAAUCUUUGCUUAUUUUAACUGUAUUUUUUUCUAAGAGAGCUGCCAUCCUACUAUCAUAUGCUUAGCCUCAGUGGCCUUAUCAAACAGUCCAACAAACGGGUCUAGGUGCUUCUGGUUCAGGUGUAGCGCUUUCUCAAUGAAAGAAGCCAAGUUUUUUUCAAAGAUUAUUAGGUGUGCCAUUGAUAGUUUGUUUACUUGGUCUGUCUGAGGUCUGUUUACAUGCUGAGUAAAGCUCAAGUUGUCUUCCUGAAAGUUCAAGGAUGCAAUUCCUCCACUGUUAUCUACUUCAAUGUCAUGUGCCAACACAAUGCAGAGCACUGUGUACGAACCUGGAUACUGUGGCUCCUCUGAAAAAGAAAGCCUCAAAUCAUUGCUUGACUCCCUGGUAUAACUGCCUGGCAAACCUGCACCUUAAAGCAGAUAAAGCGUAAGCUUGAGAGGAAAUAGCGUCUUAUUAAGUUAGAGCUUCAUUGAGUCUGGAAAAGAGUUUGCUGCCCUAGCAAAAAGCCCUGGUUGAAGAAAACAAGAACAACCCCAGGUGUCUUUUCAGCACUUUAGCCAGGCUGACAAAGAGUCAGGGCUCUGUUGAGUCAAAAAUUAAUUAAACGUUAGCUUGAAUUUCUUCAUGAAUAAAAUUUUAACCACAAGAGAAAAAUAAUAUUUAUAACAGUCCCACAGACAUAUUAUAUUUAUACAGAUACUUUCAAUACUAUAGUUAUUUAGAUUUUUUCUCUUUGAUUGAUCAUUCUCCAUUAGCGCUAAUAAUCACUUCUUCGAAAGCAUCAAUCUGUGAUCCCAUUCCUACAAGUCCAUUUGGUAAUGCUUUAAUCUUGAGUGUGGUCUCUUUCUAAUAAUGGGCUAUGUACCACAGCAUUUAAGGUGCCAGUAAUUAAGCCAUUGCUUAAAAAGAAACCCCUUAUCCAGCUAAUUCAAAGCCAAUGUCCAACCUUCCAUUUAUCUCAGAAAUUCUUGAAAGAGUAAUUGUAAAACAGCUAACAGAGCAUCUGCAGAGGGAUGAUUUAUUUGAAUAGUUUCAGUCAUCAUCACACUACAGAAAUGGCAUUAUGAAGGUUAAUGAUCUUCCUAUAGCCUCUGACAGGUCAUGUCUCUGCUUGUCCUGCUAGACUUCAGUGCAGUGUUCAAUACUGUUUAUCACAACAUUUUAUUACAGAGAUUAGAGCUUGCUGUAAGUAUAGGAAAAGUACUGUGCUGCAGUGGUUUGAAUGAUAUUUAUCUAUUAGACUCUAAUUUGUUCAUGUAAAUUGAGAGUUUGCCUCUUACAAUAAUUAUGGAGUAUCACAGGGUUCAGUGCUAGGACCAAUUCUGUUUACAUACCAUUACUAUGCAGAUUCAAUUCAAUUCAAUUCAAUUUUAUUUAUAUAGCGCCAAAUCACAACAAAAGUCGUCUCAAGGCGCUUCAUAGGUACAUAGAAAAACCCAACAAUCAUAAGAUGACAUGCAACUUUAUCUAUCCAUAAAACCAGAUGAAACACACAAUCAUAUCAUAAAGACAUUAAAACCUAGUCAUUAGUAUGUGAAAUUAAAAUGUUUUAUUACAGUAAUGCUGACUUUAAAAAAUAGUGAAGGUUUAUUUCAGCAUGUUGGCAUCACAAGUGUAUCAGCUGAUAACAAAAACAUCAUUACUGCCAAAUCAACAUACCCAGUGUACUUUACCACUCAGGCUCUGGGCCAUCAGGCAAGUGUUUAUGUUGAACCGUGCCCAAUAAAUGCCCCUGACUUAGACUUAACUCUAACUUUGACCCUCAAACUGGCUUUUGAAAGGGUAUAAAACAUUAGGGUCAGCUAAAAAGUUAUAAGUUUGGUAAGAUUUUUUUUUUUACAUCAAGGGCCUAAAUAAAUUCUGACACUCAAUAUGCUGACAAGAGAACUUUUUGUUUAUGUGUAUUUUAUCUUUAGUUUCCAGCGCAAGAUGACGUCAGUCACACAUGUAGCCUAAGCAGUUUGUGAAAAAGUUGCAACCUACAGCAGGAACAAGGUCCUAACUGUUCUCAUUUCAAAACAAUAAUAUUUUUUAUACAUGAACAUGAAGUGAAUAGGGAGUUUGUAGAUAAAACAAAAGAGGGUUACUCUGUCCACAAACUAGUUAUCUUAGAUCUAGUAUGUAAAGUAAUCAUAUUUAUUCUCAAUAAAAGACUUACUCAUUGAUGAAUUGAAAAUUCUGAACAAGUUACUAGAUUUUGAAAUCAUGUGCCACUCUGCAGAAUGAGUGUUUUUUGCUAAAGCACAGGAUUUUGAUUGCAGUGUAACAAUGUCUACACUGUAUUUUAGAUUGCAUUGCAACUUUUGCUGAAGUCAAGACUCUAAAUCUCCUUCCGCCACAAUUUCAUUGGCUAAAAGUUGCAAUUCUGUAAUUCUUUAGAUUUAGACUUUUAUCUCUGCAGGGAUUUAUUAAAUCUAAUUAUUUCCUCUGGCAUCGGUAUUCUUGAACAGGCACUUUUUGUCUACCUGGAAAUGAUCGUAAUUUCCUGGGUCCUUUGGUGUCUGUCAGGAAUGAAAAAACCUGCAUUCAGCCUCAGAUUUUUGCCUUAUCUGCAACAGGCUCAGCCCUCUAUGCCACGAGGAAGCUUAGACUGACUAUGAAACAAACAGAAAGAACAGUCAGGCAGAGACGAUAGGAAAGCAGCCCUGGAUUCAGGAUUCACAAAGUGGAACCACGUUUUGUCAGUCAUUAAAGCAGCACACAAUGGCUCUGAACAUCCCGGGGCUGGUGGUAAUGGUGGUCUUCUACCUGAUGGUGCUGGGCACUGGCCUGUGGGCCUCGAUUAAGUCCAAACGGGUGCAGAAAAGCAGCCAGGCAGCCCAGACAGAGGUCACUUUGCUGGGAAACAGAGGGAUCAGUCUGGUAGUAGGAGUCUUCACAAUGACAGCUACUUUUGUUGGAGGCGGCUUCAUCGUUGGUCUGACAGAGGCAGUGUACACACCAACUAUGGGGCUGGCCUGGGCGGUCAUGCCAAUAACAGCAGCCCUGUCUUUUAUUGUUGGUGGACUUUUCUUUGCCAAACCAAUGAGAGAAAGAAAAUAUGUGACAAUGAUGGACCCGUUCCAGAUCAAGUAUGGAAAAUCAAUAAGUGGAGCUCUGUCCGUGGCUCUGUUAAUUUCUGAUCUAAUCUGGGUGACAGGAACUCUUAUCGGCUUAGGAGCAACAAUAAGUGUGGUCCUGGAUUUAUCCUACAUGGUUUCCAUUUGGAUCUCUGCUGCUGUAGCCAUCGUAUACACAUUAAUGGGAGGCCUCUACUCUGUAGCCUACACAGACAUAAUACAGCUAACACUCAUAUUCUUCAGUAUGUGGCUCUGUGUCCCCUUCACCCUGAUAAACCCCCACUCAGUGGACAUUACUAAGACUGCUUUCAACUUUACCUACCAAGCCCCCUGGAUUGGUUCUGUAGAUAAAGAAAGGCUAUGGAGGUGGAUUGAUAAUUUCUUAUUAUUGGCUUUAGGUAACCUUGGAUAUCAGGACUUCCACCAGAGGACUCUGUCAGCCUCUUCAUCAAAUACAGCCAGGAUCACCUGCUUUAUUGCAGCUCCACUUAUUUUUGUACUUGGAAUCCCAUCUGUGUUGAUUGGAGCAGUCGCAGCAUCAACAGACUGGAACAUGACCUUAUAUGGCUCCCCAUCCCCCUUUGAGCGAGGAGAUGCUGGUCAGGUUCUGCCAAUUGCUCUGCAGUACCUCACUCCAAACUACAUCUCCAUCAUUGGUAUUGGAGCUGUAGCUGCUGCUGUGAUGUCCUCAACAGACUCUGCACUAUUAUCUGCUGCCUCCAUCUUCUCAUCCAACAUAUAUAAGAACAUCCUAAGGACCACAGCAUCAGACAGGGAGCUCCAGUGGGUGAUCCGUGUCACUGUGGUGCUGGUGGGCGUGGCUGGCACAUCGCUCACCUUCCUAAACAACAGCAUCAUGGUUUUUUGGAUCCUGGGCUCAGACAUAACCUACACCAUCAUGUUCCCUCAACUAGUCUGCGUCCUCUUUUUCAACAUCUCCAAUGGUUAUGGCUCCAUCAUGGGCUUGCUAGUUGGAGUGCUGCUGAGAUUGCUCAGUGGUGAACCAUCCAUAGGGUUACCUGUUGUCCUUCACUUCCCGGGUUGCACUCUUGAAGAUGGCAUCUAUGUCCAGCGCUCUCCGGUCAGGACUAUCUGCAUGUUAUCCACUAUCUUUGUUACUUUGUUGUUCUCCUACCUGUCAUCACAGCUCUUCAACAGAGGAUUGAUUUCUGAGAGGUGGGACGUAUUCAAAGUGAAGGCCAACAAACAAUCACAAAAACUAACAUUAACGAGCAAUGGCAUCAUCAAAACAGACAAGGAGGAGAAGCCCGAUGGUCAGAAUGAAACUGAACUAAUGCUAACCACCAGUCAGCCGGAGUGACAAACUAAUGAUUUAGUGGGAUGCAGAUGUAUUUUUUAUGGUGAUAUAUUAUCACACCUUCUAUUUUUAUGCAAAACAUUUUGUGAAUUGAUCAUGUUGGCCUUAGGACCUUGGAGGAAUUCAUUGAUUCUUCCAAAGUCAUCCAUUCGUUUAUAAUCAGUGCAUGCUUUCUACAUGCAGUAUAUACAUGCAGUAUAUACAUUUCUUAAAAUUACAUUGAAGUAAUUUCUUUGAAUUCAUUUUACUAGGAUUUCUUUAACUGAUUACUGUUAGUAAUGGUGAAUUAUACUGAUAUAGUGUUACAUCAAUAAAAUUCCCAAAGAAACUGGGAGAUAAUACAUGAAUCACUGAUGGAAUAUGAGUCCGUUUAUAUGUAUGAAUCUUAUGUAGCAUUCAUGCCACUGGCAUUCAUUUUGCUGGAUGGAUGUAUGGAAUGGAAGAUGGAUGCUCGCAGUAAAGUGCUUCCUUACACAACAAAUUAUGAUUUGGGAAGAGAAUUAAAAAUAUUUUUGGACUUGCACUUAUGCUACAAUCAGCUGAUUUCAGUUCAUUUUGAACUGAAGAGGAAGAUAGUGGUCUACAGCGUGGAUAUGGACAUUAUUUUUAUUUUUAUUGCCCAAAGGAGGAGAGCACCGUGGGAAAGUGCAAACUACAUUGACAGAAACUGCAUUAUGCUGCUAACACAACUUCGGCUCUUUGCCAACAACUGCAAGGACAGGAUGCUAACGCUAAGCUAACCAAAAACCCAGAGUGACUUAAAGCUGAGUGAAUGCUGACCCCAGCCAGCAGCCAGACCCUGAACUUCAACAGGUAACAUCAGUGAUGUGCAGUCAGGCUCUACCUGUUCAUGUUGCUAAAGUAGAAUCACUGUGGACAUUACUGUAAAGUUUCUUUGUUCCGGUUCUAAUCUUUUCUUUGUGUUGCCGGCUUUGUGUUCGCAUGUAGAUGCUUUGAGAACGAUCAUAUGUGUGUCCUCAUUAGGUUCAGCAUUUGUGUUGGUGUGUAGGGCUGUAGUAUAUAGGUUUAUAUUGAUAAAUGGUAAUUAUGA